GUUAAAUGACGGCUGGUCCUAGGCGCGGCGGGGACACGCGGGGGGAACACGCGGGCGUGGAGGAGAGGGAUGCUGGGGCGGUUCAAGCGAGAUCGAGUUCACGCCAAGUGGAGUACGGCAGUUUGUGUCAGACCACGGAGCACGGAAGAUGCUCCCGGUUGUUUACGAAACGGGUGGACCACCCUCGUCGCGGCGACGGCGCCGCGCCACGAUUUUACUCGGUGCCGUGUCCGCUGCACUCGGAAAUACCAACCGCAACGUCGCGAGUUCUUCUUCGAUCAUCAGGCCAACAUCCACUGCCACCGUCAUGACUACCGCUUUGGGCCUUUUAAUGAUCCUGCUGCCAGCCGCGUAUCCGGACAAGAUCUCCAUCGGUGCAAUUUUCGAGCAAGGCGCCGACGAAGUUCAGUCAGCCUUCAGAUUUGCGAUGUUCAACCACAACCAGAAUACCACGACCCGGAAGUUUGAGUUGCAGGCUUUCGUGGACGUAAUUAAUACCGCGGAUGCUUACAAGCUAUCUCGCCUCAUCUGCAGUCAAUUUAGCAGAGGGGUGUUCUCCAUGCUGGGCGCCGUGAGUCCGGAUUCGUUCGACACCCUCCAUUCUUACAGCAACACGUUUCAGAUGCCUUUCGUGACGCCCUGGUUUCCCGAGAAGGUUCUGACACCGUCCUCCGGUCUCCUGGAUUUCGCCAUAAGCAUGCGUCCGGAUUAUCAUCGCGCUAUCAUCGACACGGUGCGGUAUUACGGCUGGAAGAAAAUCAUCUACCUCUACGACUCCCACGACGUGGCCAUUGGCUCGGUCGAUACACCGGGAAAUCGACGACCAGCAAAGUCGUCGUCGUCGGUUCAACGUUUGAAUCGUAAUCGCGGAAUUGUAAUGGGCACGCCAGCGGAACAAGAGAGUUUCUUGACUGGGGAGGAUUGA